AUGCCCACGGACCAGGAUGUGUCCUCUCCGACUGACAGAUCCCGGUCAAACUCCGUGCCCACAUCCUCUGCUUCCUCGCACGCGCCUGUAACAGCUGCCAACAAGCGCAGUCAACCGUCGCAUCCUUCGGAAUCUCCAGCAAAGAAGCAAUCGAAGUGGUCGCCUGAAGAGGAUGCUCUCAUCAUCGAUUUGAGGGGAAAAGGAAUGAAAUGGGAAGAUAUCAGCAAGAGGUUGGCCGGACGAAGCGCAAUCAGUUGUAGGUUACACUAUCAAAAUUACCUCGAGAGAAGAAGCGAAUGGGAUGAGGAGAAGAAAAACAAGCUCGCAAGGCUAUAUGAGAGAUUUAAGCCAGAAAUGUGGGCCAAGGUGGCGGAAGAAAUGGCUAUCCCAUGGCGGGCGGCAGAGGCCAUGCAUUGGCAGCUGGGAGAACAAGACAUGGCACGUCGAGCAGGCGUUGUACCGUUUUCGCUAUCAAGUACUUCGACAGAACCAGCGCAAAGAGGUCGAAGACCAAGUCUUGGAACAUCGCGAUCAAGAAGAGAGUCCGCCCCACGAGCUAUAGGGCCACCUCCGCAGCUCCCUCCAGUUUCGGAGGUCACGGCUGGGGCUUAUCCAUUGCCCUUUGAUCGACCUAUGGAAAGGAAAGGAUUGUCUCCACCAGAGCCGUUUGGCGGGGUACCUCGCAGGUACAGAUAG